AUGUUUUCAAAACUCCCGUGGAGCUCGGGCGGCGAGCAACAGCAACAGCAUGAAGAAGAACAAUCCCUCACAUCAGUGCUGCCGACACCGCAAGCACGCAGCGAUCUCACCUUGCUGGUCGCCAACUGCACCGAAACCAUGAGAAAAGGCAUCACCGACACUUUCGACCUCAACCAGAUUGGAAAGAUGGAAGACAUGAUGUCGAAGCUCAAGGUCGACGAGAGUGCACAGAACUCCGAUCCAGCAGCAACACCAGAAAAGACAGAGGAAGAGAAGAAACGAGCAGAGGAGAAGGCACAGAGAGAACAGGCAGAAAGAGAAAGGGAACUGAGUGGUCCCAAGAUGCAAGAAUUACAAAAGGCUGCACUACAACACUUUGACGACUGGCGUGAUUCUGUACUGCUUCGUAUCGGAGAAGUCGUCAACCAGCGUGAAGAGGCUGUCUCUCAAAAGAAGGAAGCACAUGCACAAACACCGCGUGUUCCAUCCAAGAAAGCGCCCGAACCUUCCAAGUACGAUGAAGGUGUCAGCAAGGCACUCAAAGAGUUGUGUCCUCCCACAGAGACUCCGCUUGUGGAACUGGAAGAGGAGCAUCGUGCUUUGAUCCUACACUCAGUUCUGUUGCUGCUACUCAGUCUGGAACACUACUCUGCUCACUCGCGCGUGCUUUUGUUGCACUUGACCAGCAGCUUGAAUCUGUCCAUCGGCUUCCUGGCAGACGAUGAAAGCAAGAUCGCUCGCGGCUUGCUGUCUGCCGCCGAGAUGAAGGCUGAUGAUGAAACCAAAAAAAAGCAGGAAGACAACAAGGAGUCUAGAAAGUGGAAAGUCGGGCUGGCAUCUGUAGCUGGUGCAGCUUUGAUUGGAGUUACUGGUGGUUUGGCAGCGCCACUGGUCGCUGCUGGUAUUGGUUCUGUCAUGGGCGGUCUCGGUCUCGGAGCUACCGCUGCGGCAGGCUACCUCGGCACUCUUGCCAGCAGCUCCAUCAUCGUUGGUGGUCUCUUUGGUGCCUAUGGCGGUCGUAUGACUGGACAAAUGAUGGACCAAUAUGCCAAAGAGGUCGAGGACUUCUCUUUUGUUCCCGUCCGUACCUAUCACAAACCUCGCAAGAUCGAAAAAGAAUAUCGUCGUCUUCGUGUCGCCAUUGGUAUUUCUGGCUGGCUGACAGAGAAAGACGAGGUCGUUGAACCGUGGAAGGUCAUUGGACCAGAGAUGGAAGCCUUUGCCCUACGUUUCGAACUACAGGCUCUACUCAAUCUUGGAAACUCUCUCACGACCAUGAUUCGCUCAGCAGCCUGGGGAUAUGCAAAGAGCGAGAUCAUCAAACGUACAGUCUUUGCUUCUCUUACCGCAGCACUCUGGCCACUGGGUCUUCUCAAGGUUAGCAGAAUCAUUGACAACCCUUUCAGCGUGGCCAAGUCUCGCGCAGACAAGGCAGGAGAAGUCCUCGCUGAUGCUCUCAUCAAUCGCGCACAAGGUGAACGUCCAGUGACACUUAUCGGCUAUUCUCUCGGCGCUCGUGUCAUCUUCACCUGUCUGAAGUCACUGGCUGCAAGGAAAGCAUUUGGUCUCGUCGAGAAUGUUGUCUUGCUUGGUGCACCCACUCCCUCUACUGCGGCCGACUGGCGUCUCAUUCGCGCUGUGACCACAGGAAGGGUUGUUAAUGUCUACUCGACCUCCGACUAUAUUCUCGGCUUCCUCUAUCGCUCAUCAAGCAUUCAGUACGGUGUCGCCGGUCUUGAACCAGUUUCUUACGUCCCCGGCGUCCAGAACGUCGAUGUCACAGAUCUUAUUGCUGGAAACCACACUUCCUACCGCUACCUUUGUGGCCGCAUCCUCCGUAAGAUUGGCUUUGAGGAUGUCGACCUCGCAGCUGUUGAGCAAGAGGAGAAGGCACUUGAACAAGCCACCGAGGCAGAAGAAGAGGAACGCAAGCAGAAUGAAGCCAGCACCAAAGAAGGUGCAACUACAGAGGCAGAAGUCAAGGAGAUGGAGAGUGAGGUGCAGAAGAAGAAUGAGGCCUCUAUGAUGGAUUGGGCGACUGAAAAGUUCAGGGCUGGUGGUGCUUCGGCGACAAGCGCAGCAAGCCAGGCAAAAGAGUGGGUCCAGAGGAAUGUCAAUCCAAGAAGUGGAGGCCAGAACGCAAGUAACGAUGUCGGUGGCGCGGCUGGAGCGGUUGGAAGCAGUUUAAUCUGA